AUGAAUCAGGCCGUCGACACAUCUGGCACCUUCACGUGGAAUUCGAAGAGCAACAAAUCCUCGCAGCGCAACAAAUCCUGGAUCGACCGCGAAAAGCGAAAGUUUCUCCGUUGGCUCUACCCUGAGCUUGAUUCUUACAAACUGGUUCAAGAAGCGGAGAUCCAGACGAUAGAAGGGAAACAACGACGUAUCACAGAGUUACUGGCCCAACGGAACGGCCCAGGAGCACAAUGGGACCAGGCAGCGCGCGAUGAGUUUGAGCAAUUGGAAGCAGGCCGCGACACAGAUCAAAACGUGCUGGCUGGCUUAUAUGGACGCCUUCGCGAGGAGGAAAGUCUGCGACACCGGCUCAAUCGCGACACGUCGAAACACGGACAAGGCCUUGACAGCGCCUGCAGGUGGUGGGCCCAAGAAACAGAGAAGUGGUGUGAAGGACACUGGUUUGGGCGGAUAUUGGAGUUUCUGGAUGAGGUGUCGGAAAGUGGAGAGCCGCUCACCAUAUCCAUUCGGCACAACUACGACGAGGCUCUCCAUGACGUUGACAAUCCCGAAGGGGAGGGGGAGAGUAGGGAGGGGGAGAUGGAAGGGCAUGACUCGGAAAUUGUACCUCCGUAUCCAGCGACGAGUGAGGAGGAAAGGGACGAGCAAGCGGAGUCGCGCAGCGAGGUAGGGGGAGCUGGAGAAGACCAACUUCUCCCCUCAGAUCCGACGACCAGUGAUCAGCACAACGUCAAUUUCUGGUCCAGAAGCUUGGAAAACACGGCCUUCAGGACACCUAUUCAGAUAGCUCUUAUCACUCUCGUUUACUACUCAACCGCCUGUUUGUUCGAGGUCCCAAGAUUUCCGACCGAACUUAAGUUGUUACUAGUUGUUAGUACACUAUACGGCCUAGUGCGUGUAUUAUCUAUGGAGAAGCGUACGUAG